UUAUAUUUCAAUUCACUUCCCCAAGGCCAUGAAGGCCACUACAGUCGAGGAGGCUGCUUUUCUUGAGGUUAAAACUCUCUCUCAACACAAUGCUCCGAAACACAAACCUUGACUCACAAGUUUUCUGUUAUUUUAGCUAGUUUAUAUUGCCACUAAUAUUUAAAAAUAGGGGUUGCAGCUUCAGUAUCCCCAAGUAAACUCUUGGUUCAUCAUUGCUAAUUUGCAAUAGCAACCUCUCAUGCAUGUUUUUAGUCAUAUUUAGUUGAUAGUAAAAAAUUCAGCCAUGGAUAAAAAUGAAUGCAAGUUAAACCAAUCACCAGAAGCACUUACAUUGACAAAAAAAAAGAAACAAUUCAAAAGAAAAGUUCAAAACCUCUUUCUGCUUGGAACAUGUUUUACAUGAAAAAUAAAGAUAAUCUAAAUGUUCAAAAUAGCAGUAAUGCAAAUGAAGAUUUUGGAUUAAGAUCUACGGUUCUUGCACAUGCUUGGAAACAAUGCUCCAAAAUGCAAAAAGAGCAUUACAAGAAACUUGCCAGUCACCACAACAAAGAAAAUAUUUUUUGUCAAUGUGGCAAAUUAUUUAAAAAAAAGAAAGAAUUAAACCGGCAUCAGAAGUCAUGUGGAAAAGUUUUUGAAUGCCAUUCUUGCAGCAAGUCUUUCAGUGCUGAGAAAAAUUUAAAAAGACAUUUUAAAGAACAGCAUAGCGGAAAGGCUCGUAAAAGAAACAAUGUUUUAUAGUUUUCCCUAUUGCUGUGCAAGUUUAUUCCUCCAAGUUUAGUAAAAUAGAUUGAAAAUAUAUAAUUUUUUGGAAAUAUAUUUUAAAUAUGUUACUAAUUAUUGUUAUGUAUUUAUUUAUUUCAUUUUUUUUUUAAUCUACCAUGAAAUUGUUAAUGGCUAUUAACCUUUUGAUUUGCAAAAAUGCCAAUAGUCACUUUAUUGGGCUAGGUAUAGACAUACAUAUCAAUUCAUCUAUUUUAUUUAAAAUCAGGUGUGAAUACUCUUAAUUACAAUCAUCCUUCUCUUUGUUCUUUUGCGUUCCUCUUCUUACGAAGACUGCGCUUUAUUUGAUGUUAUUUAUAAUCAAAUUGACUAAACACUUUCUUUAUACAUUAGCCUUUCUUUUUGUCCACCAGCCUUUCUCUUUGUCUAUAAGUCUUUCUCUUUGUCCAUUAGCUUUUCUCUUUUUCCAUAAGGAUUUUCUUUGUCCAUCAGACUUUUUUUUUGUCUAUCCAUUUUGUCUAUCUAAUUUUGUGGACUAAACAAAAAAAAGUCCUCGAUUUUGAAAUAGGGCCCCUAAAAUCAUGGGGUCCUAAGCUGCACCCUAGCCUGCCUAAUGGUUAAUUGGCCUGUGUCUAUAAUGCGGAUUAGCAAGUUAGCCACAGUAAGGUCCUUUAGCUCAAAUUGAAAUAUAUUGCAUUUCUGAUUUUAUUUUGGAUUAUAUGCACAUGGUUUGUCUUGGUGUAGUAAGACGCAUACUUACCUUUUUAAAGUCCGGUCCAAAACAUUGUAGACUUUCAAAUGCCCAAAUAAAAAAUAUACCUGAUAAUCUGUUAAGCUUAUGUGGUAUGAUGCCAUCUGAAUUUGGUCAACAACCACGUUCCCUUUUGGAGUCAGAUCGAUGGAAAGCUACAGAAUUUAGACAAUUUAUUUUAUACACUGGACCCUUAGUUUUAAAGGGUGUUGUUAGCAAAGAAAUUUAAUGAUGAUUCUCUUAAAUGAGGGCAAUCGAUUUAGAAAGCAUUAUCUUACAUUCGCGAGAGUACCAUUAAAUUAUUUUGUUAUAAAUUCAAAACAUUUAUAUACAUAAUCAUUCUGUGUUUACAAUGCUCACUCUUUACUUCAUAUUUGUGAUGAUAUUGUUAAAUUUGAUUGUUCACUAAAUGACAUAUCCUGUUUUCCUUUUGAAAAUUUUAUGCAGACAUUAAAAAAAGCAGUAAAAAAUUCAAAGAGUCCUGUUGUUCAAAUAGCCAAACAAUAUCAACGAAUACAAUCUUU